AUGUCCUCCCCGGCGCCAGAUACACCGCCGCCACGGCGUCCGCAGCGGAGCGUGCGCCUCCCACCAUCGCGGUCAGAGAAUGGCACGCUGCAGACUCCCCUGCGCCGCGACCCAGCCAUUGCUAAGGCACUCCAACUCUCGACAUUUGAGCAGGACGCGUACUCUACUGAGGAAUUCGUGUCGACGCUCAGCGAGAAGCUGAUUGCCGAGAGCAAGGCCAGCACCGGGCCCUUCGACCCUGUCCCCUUCAUGCAGGCGUUCUCGCCUGCGCUAGACUCGCUCCUUGCUCUUCGAUCACAGGUCUCCGAACGCACGAAGAAGAUGGAGAGCGACGUGCGCCGCGCGAAUCGCGAGUAUGGGAAGCGCCUGCGCGAGCUUGACAGCGGCUUUGAAGCUGUCGGCGGGUCGUUCUCCCACCUCGAGAGCAAGAUGAGCGACGUGGGCCGCACAGCAACACGUGUGGGUGAACAGCUUGAGGGCCUGCAUCAGACGCGUUCGACUGCGCAGGCCGUCUCUCUCCUCCUCUCGUACUACCUCUCGUUGGUGCACCAGACUGGCACCACGGAUGACUCUACAUCGCCCCUCGAGCAGCUGUACGCGGAGAAGGGAACUCGCGAGGGACGUAUCCGCUUGGCACUGGUGCUGCGGCGGUUGAUGGCCGUGGCAAAAGACGUGGCAGAUAGCGCGUCAACGGCGGUCUCGGAUGCGGAGGUCGCCGCUGCGAAGGAUGGACACAUGACGAUUGGCGAUGGCUCGUCACCAGCUCACCGCAACGUGCUUCACCGCAGAUCCGAGAAGGAAAGAGCAGACCGCGUUAGCUCCGAAGUCGAGAAGUACUGCGAGAAGUUUGAGCGCGAGAUGCUCAAGCUGUUUGACCGCGCGUACCGCAAGGGUGACCCGAGAAUGAUGGCGCACUGCGCGCGCGUGCUGCAAGACUUCAACGGCGGCAUGUCCUGCGUGCAGGUGUACGUUAAUCAGCACGACUUCUUUAUCAAGAGGGAGUUGAUGCUGGAAGAAGCUGGCGCAAGCAACGGUACCGACUUCUGGCGCUCCAUCGGCGAUCCAGAUACGUUGCCGCCAGACAGUGAGCCGGGUCUCACUGUUAUGUUCAAGUCGAUCCGUGACACCGUUAGCCAAGAAGCGCAGAUCGUCAAGGCCGUGUUCCCGAACCCCAGCGCCGUGUUACAGGUGUUCCUACAGCGGACUUUUGCGCAGGUCAUCCAGCAUCAUAUCGAGACGUUAGUCAACCGCGCAUCGGGGAUCACGACGCUCGCGUUCCUCCGUGUGCUCCACUUAACGCACGCGAUGUGCGUGUCAUUGGUCGAGGAUCUCAAGGGGUAUGAUGGCGUUCUAGGUGUCGGCCCAGCCAAGCUCACAGACGCUGGGACUGGGCCGCUUGCGGCGAUGCUCGAACAGGCUCUCGACGAGAUUUACGUGCCCUGGCUCGAAGGAUCUCGCUACCUCGACAGCGAGAGCAAGAACCUCGUCGAGUUGUACGGGGGCCUCCUCUCCCGCUUCACGCGGUACCAUGAGACGGUGCUCAAAGCGAAGCCCAACUCGCUCCUCGACCGCGUCGUCGGACAGGUCCCCACCGUCCAGGCGACAGCGGCAAUCUCAAAAUAUGCCAACUUGUUCACGAACACUAUCACGUCGAGCGCGACGUCGGCGUUCUCGUCUGACAAGACGAAGGCUCCAGGCCCGGAGAAACCCGCACGUUCCGGCUCUCAUCGUAGUGUGCAGGGGCUACAAGGGCUCGCGACGCCGCGUCCGAGUCUAUCGCGGCACGAUAGCCUGCGGAGCAGCACCGAGAGCCCCGUGGAGCGCGUCGACCCGGCAGACGGUGUUCUCGCCGUCCCGAUGGCGGAGCGCAUGCUGCGGUGGCAUGCCGAGGCGAUUGGCCGCGUUGUCGAACUCUCGCCGUCUGCAGAGGUAGCGAAGAACGUCAUGGCGUUAAGUAAAGUGCUCUCCGAGGCUUUUGGACGCAGCUUCACCGAGACAGCGCUGGAAAGCCGCGUCGCCAAGCUCGAGCAGGAUGACCCGCGCGCCGAGCCGGAUCUCGGCAUGCUGACCGUACUUAAGAACGCCAACCUCGUGUGCCAGCUUUGGCAGCGGUACAGCUCAACCGCGCUCGUUCCCCUCACGAGCUCUGCUCCAGUCGUGCGCCGUGAGAUGACGACGUUCAACCAGCACAACGUCGUGCUCCUUGAAGGCAAGAUCAACACGCUGGUGCAGAAGGCGGUGGACGUCAUCGUCUCGUGGCUCGCGCAGCUGCUCCUCAAGCAGCGCAAGAACGAUUACAAGCCCAAGAACGACGACCUGAGCUUUGCGCGCACCAACACUGAGCCAUGCGAUCUCAUCUGCGACUUCCUCGGCAACUUACAAGCAGCGUCAACUGCGCUGUCUGGCAAGAAUAGGGAGGCGUUCCUCCUCGAGGUCGGCGUCGCCUUCCACUCGCUACUUCUAGACCACUACAAGAAGUUCCCAGUGAACCCGACCGGCGGGUUGAUGCUCACAAAGGACCUUGCUUCCUACCAGGAAGCGAUCGCAGCGUACAAUAUACCAGCCCUGAACGACCGGUUCGACAUGUUGCGCCAGCUGGGCAAUUCGUUCAUCGUGCAGCCCGACGUGUUGCGGAGCUACAUGACGGAGUCGCAUCUCGGGCGUAUUGACGCUCGCCUCCUCCGCCCUUAUCUCCAGCAGCGGAGCGACUGGUCGUCCUUCUCUGCUCGCCUGGUGUUCGACGACGCUCCAGAGGACUCCCCCACGCCAAGUGGCACCUCCACCCCAAUGGCGGGGAGUGUGGGAGCCAACGCCCGGCGCGCAGGCCACAGAUUGAGCGCUAUGAGCGGUGUGGCAGGCGCGGGAAUGGCCGCGGGGUACGCGCGCUUACGUGAGGCGCUGCGCGAGUUCGAGAACCUCACGGACGACAAGAAGAGCGUCACGGGUAGCUCGAUGCCGUCGGGUGCGCCCCCAAGCGCGUUCACCCGCACCAACAGCGGCGCGAGCGUUGCAAAUGCGCCCACGCGCCGCGCUUACGUCCCUGCCUUCCAGUACAUGCCCCACCACUAG